AAUUCAUUCACAAUCUCUAUUUUAUUCAAUGAAUUUAAAAAGUUCUCUGGAUAACUUGAAUCAAGCAGCCACGACUAUGGAGGCUCCUGAAAUCAGCUAUUCUAACGAAAAUAAUAAACGUGACAACUCUCGGCUCACUAAAAGCAAAAAAGUCAAAUGGUCGUCCGAUUCAGAAUUAUUAUUGCUUGCAUUUUUGGACCUACGUAUAGAAGAC